AUGAUCCGUCAGGCCCCGCCCAGUCUCACGGCCCAGACCCGCACUUGUGCCCGCCUGCGUGUUGUUCCGUUGACGAUGCUCGUCCGCAAGUUCGUCCUCGUCCAUCCGCUCGUCCUCCUCCACCGGCCGCCUGCCGCUCCGGCUCGGCGUCGGAUCAGGGCUCGGCCACGGUUCGGAGCAAAGGUUCGUCGUUACGUGGAGCCAAGGACGGACCACCUCGAGGCGGACCGAAGCCGAGGCGCAACCGCGGGAGGCGCUGCGGGCACUGCGAGAGGCCGAGGCCAUCUGCCUAGGGAUGGCGUGGGUGGUGGAGGGAAGGGGAAGGCAAAGGGGAUGGAGGUGCGAACUGGCCAGCGUGUGGGCACGAGUGGAUGGGGCUGCCGUUGCCCGUCGUUUUCGGGAACGGCGUUCAUCAGCAGCAAUGGUACUCGGACAGCUCCCUCGUCUGGAUGUCUUGCCGUCCGAGGAGAAGGCGAACAAGGCGGCUCGCCCUUGUGGAAGACGGCGACCGGAGAAGGGACCCGCGGGCUGACCUUGUCUGAGUGGGACGUCGACCUCGUCCCUCGAUACCAUCAAGAUACUUCUCGUCCCAUUCACGCAUUUUCGGUGCUCGUCGGUGGCCCCUCUUCUCUUCCUCUUCCUCUUUCUCUUCCGCUUCCUCCUCCGCUUCCUCCUCCUCUUCCUCUUUCUCUUCCUCCUCCUCUUUCUCCUCCUCUUCCUCUUUCUCCUCCUCUUCCUCCCUUCCCCCUCCAGGCACGGCUCUCGAUGCUCCCGAGCGACGAGUCCGUGCUCCCGAGCGCGUUCAGCCUCGUGAUGGAGGACGGCGGGACCAGGCUGCGGUCGUCAGGACCUGGGACGUCGUCCGAAGCCCUGCCGCAGCAGCCGGACGACCGGCCACGGAGCGGCGUCCCCCGUGCCGCCAAGACGAGGACGGCGUUUGGCAAGACGAAGCAUUGGAUCGCCACCUUUUCCCGCUUCGUCGGCCCUGGCUUCAUGAUCGCCGUGGCCUAUAUCGACCCGGGCAACUACGCAACCGACAUCGCCGCCGGCGCCUCGUACCAGUUUAGGCUCCUCUUCAUCGUCCUCCUGAGCAACCUCUUCGCCAUCCUGCUGCAGAGCCUCGCCAUCAGGCUCGGCACCGUCACCGGCCUCGACCUCGCCUCCAUGAACCGCGUCUACCUUCCCCGUUGGCUCAACUGGUUCCUCUACGCCCUCGCCGAGAUUGCCAUCAUCGCCACCGACAUCGCCGAGGUCAUCGGCACCGCCAUCGCCCUGAAUCUCCUGAUCCCGCAGCUGCCCCUGGUCGCCGGCUGCGCCAUCUCCAUCCUCGACGUCAUGGUCAUCCUCUGCUUUUACCGGCCCGACGGUGCCAUGAGGGGACUGCGCCUGUUCGAAGCCUUCGUGUGCCUGCUCGUCCUCGGCGUCGUCGUCUGCUUCUGCAUUCAGCUCUCCAUGAUCAAGGGGACGAGCGUGGUCGAGGUACUUCGGGGCUACCUGCCCUCGGGCGCCAUCGUUGAGUCUGCCGGUCUGUACCAAGCCUGCGGCAUCCUGGGCGCGACCGUGAUGCCUCACAGCCUCUUCCUCGGCUCCGGCAUCGUCCAGCCGCGGCUCAGGGAGUACGACGUCAAGCACGGCCUCAUGCCUGGAGAGCCACCGGCGUCGGCGGCUUCGUCGACCGAUGGCGGCUACGAAAAGAUCAGCUACGUGCCCUCGCAUGCUGCCAUCAGGCACUCGCUCAAGUACUCCAUCGCCGAGCUUGCCCUCUCGCUCUUCACCUUUGCCCUCUUCGUCAACUCGGCCAUCCUCAUCGUCGCCGGCGCCUCGCUCUACAACAACCCAAACGCCGUCGACGCCGAUAUUUUUGCCAUCCACGACCUUCUCGCCGAGAGCAUCUCGCCCGCCGUCGGAACCAUUUUCGCCCUCGCGCUUCUCCUCUCCGGCGUCUCGGCCGGCAUCGUCUGCACCAUCGCCGGCCAGAUGGUCAGCGAGGGCGCCUUGCGCUGGAAGAUGAAGCCCUGGCUGCGACGGCUGGUGACGCGUUCCAUCAGCAUCACGCCGUCCAUCAUCAUCGCCGGAGCCGUCGGCCGAUCGGGCUUGAGCGCCGCCUUGACGGGCUCGCAGGUUGCCCUCAGCAGCGUCUUGCCCUUCAUCACGCUUCCGCUCAUCUGGUUCACGGCCCGCAGCCGGUUCAUGACGGUCCAGCCGGGCAUGGCGAGGUACAUGCACGACACGGACGAGGAGGGCCGGCCGGCGAUUGGCCCCUCGAUGGGCGGCAUCGACAUGUCGAACCCGUGGUGGCUGACGGCCAUGGGUGGGCUUGUGUGGCUCAUCAUAACCGUCAUGAAUGUCGCUAAUCUCGUGCUGCUGGGUUUGGGGAAGUCUGGCUGA